GCCCACAUGGAAAUCUUCUGAUGAAAGAUGGCCGCCAGUUACAUACGCCGCCGACUACGCCUUUCCACAUAUAGCCUUAUAUAUGUGAUAUCUGAAGUUUGACAUCUGUCGUCGGUACCGCUGCUUCCCUUAAAAAUAAUAAGCACAGUAGAAGAGUCAGCGUGUCCUCCAUCAGUUAUCCAAUGCUAAUUUGCAGUUGAGAGUAAAGUCAUCAUGGACCUGUAAAAGUGUCCGGACUGCCAUGGAAGCUCCAGUCACAGCAGCCCCUCCUCUCAACUCGUCAACCCUGCCCACCCCUCUACCCCUACGUCCGGCUCUGCCUCCCUCGGUCAGGCUCGGCUUCACCAUCCUGUACACGGUGCUGUACGGUGGCGUUUUCCUGGUUGUGUACGCCCAGCUCUGGCUUCUCCUUCGCUACAGACACAAACGUUGGAGCUAUCAGAGCAUCUUUCUUUUCCUCUCCCUGCUGUGGGCCGCCCUGCGCACAACCUUGUUUUCUUUUUACUUUCGGAACACUCUGGAGGCCAACCGCCUCCCUGUGGCGGUCUACUGGCUCUUCUACUGCUUCCCUGUCUGCUUACAGUUUUUCACACUGAGCCUUAUCAACUUGUAUUUCACUCAGGUGCUACUCAAAGCCAGAGAAACUUACAGCGCUGAUGUGGAAAAACGAUUGUGUGCGGCCCGCUGCACGUACGGGACGCUAAACGCUAUCUUCCUUUGCGUCAACGUGGCCUGUGCGGCACUCGCAGACCACGGGGAAAGCAAAGGAAUGCUGCACACCUGGAAUUUAGUCCUGGUCCGUGUACUUGUCAAUGACUUGCUGUUCAUCUUGGAUGCGGUGUUGCUAGCUGCCUUGCUGCUGCUGCUGCUGCUGACCCGACACUCUCGUUCGACUGGAUCGCAACUGACUAGAAAGGGGACCAUAGUGUGUCGCACAGCAACACUGGGCGCAGCAGUCAUCUUCCUGUUUACCAGCAGAGCUUGCUACAACCUCAGCGUCUUGUUUCUGUCUCAGAACCACCAUAUUGAGUCUUUUGGCUUCGACUGGUACAAUGUCUCUGAUCAGGCUGACCUGCGUAAUGACCUUGGCGACAGGGGCUACCUGGCUUUCGGUGCCAUUCUCUUCAUCUGGGAGCUGCUACCGACCACUCUUCUCAUUGUCAUCUUCAGAGUUCGCCGUCCUACUCAAGAGGUCAACAACUUGACCGUCAACAACAGGGUUCUACCUCGUCAUUUUUUCUUCGACGAUCCUCAAGGUAGUAGUGAGGAAGUAGCUGCUCCAUGGACUUCUACGUACAGCCCACAAUCAAGCUGGUACGUAGCAGAGACCACUCCUCUACUGUUUGCCAACAACCCCCCAAACCAGAAUCACCAACACCACUCUUUUUACUCUACCCCGCAAAACUGACAGCAAAUAUAAGCGUGGACUGUGGCGCUCAAGGAAAAACAAAACCAGCUUAACAGCCAGUACAUUUUGCACUGAAAAGCCUCAGGAACUGUCAACAAAAAUGCUAUGUGCACCUUCUAGUUGUUGUAACAAUUACAUUGAAAAAUAGAUUGUUGUUCAAAGGGAAUGAAUUUGACAUAGAUUGCCAAAAAAUGAGUCUCAGCUAAACGUGAACUUUGGUUGCGUGCAUUUUAUCACCUGGACCAUCAAUUUAUUGUUAAAAUUGACAAAUAGGUAGCUCUUACAAUUCCUCGAAAAGCUUCAUUUGCAUUCCUUUAUUAGAAUGUAUUUACUAGUGGGAAGGGACAAUGAAAACCUACCACUGCUACAGAUGAACUGGAAGCUUUUCAUUCCACUUUGUUUUACUUCGUGAUCAUUCGUAUUUGAAAGUUUUAAGUUAUUGUAUUAACAGUUUGGUUGACAACUGUAGAAAGCAAUUCUGACAAUCACAUUUACUUUGUAAAAAAA